AUCCGACCAGACCCGUGCCCGAACCGUUAAAGCUCCUUCUUGUUCCCGAAGUCUAGAAAGCUGCAAAAGAUAAACUCCUGUCAAAACCCUAACACAGUUUUUGAGUUCGAUUUUAGUCCAAAUUCGAUGGCUGCUUCCUCAUCUCGUCGGCUCGCCUCUCUAUUAUUUCGAAAUGGACCCCAUCUCCGAAUCCCUAGAGGAUAUCCCUUGCCCUUCCAAUCAACCACAUUUCUCAGAGGAAUCCUAACACAAAACAGUCCACUCUGCAACACUAACGAAAACGCUGAGGAUACAAAACCUGCACCUAACUCUCCAGAGUCCAAUCCCAAUGUGAACAACUCCAUCAAGUUCUCAGCAAGCUCGAGCCUGAAAACAUCAGAGAGGCACGACCUCGCAAUGAUUUUCACGUGCAGGGUGUGCGAGACAAGAUCAGUGAAGACAGUUUGUCGUGAAUCGUACGAGAAGGGUGUGGUUCUCGCUCGAUGUGGAGGAUGCAACAAUGUACAUUUGAUUGCGGAUAGGCUUGGGUGGUUUGGGCAGCCAGGGAGUGUUGAGGAUUUCUUGGCCGCGAGAGGAGAGGAGGUCACUAAAGGAUCGUCAGAGACGCUCAAUCUUACCCUAGAGGAUUUAGUAGGUAAACAGUCUUCUUGAAAUUGUUAUAUUCGUGUAAUAGGAAGAUAAUUGAUCGAAAAUGAACAUUUGUAUGUCGAGUUAUGAGCUUAUCGAAGAUUCUUCUCCA